UGGUCAAUGCAAGGUAUAUAUGAUAUUAAGAAUGGAAGCCAUCUGUCAGUGAAUAGAUCUGUUGCUAAUGGAGACAUUAAUUUCUGCAUCAGCUGCGUCUUGAAGAGACAGUAAGAACGGUUCAGUUUCCAAAGUCUUGCAAUGGCACAUGAUGCUGAUGGAUUUAGGCAUUCUUCAAGAAUUUCUGGUUCAACUCUGAGAUGGAAAUAUCACGUGUUUUUGAGUUUUCGAGGAGAAGAUACUCGUACAAGUUUUGCAGAUCAUUUAUAUGUUACUUUGCAACACAAGGACUUAUAACUUUUAGAGACGAGGAACAACUUGAAAAGGGAGGAGCAAUUAAAGAAAAUCUACUCCAAGCAAUUGAAGAAUCUUUUUCUGCAGUUAUUGUGCUCUCCCCGAAUUAUGCUUCUUUAUCAUGGUGCUUGGAUGAACUCCUAAAGAUUCUUGACUCUAAGAAAAAGUUGGAUCUUCAAGUAUUUCCAAUCUUUUACGGUGUAGAUCCGUCUGAUGUUCGAUGUCAAAAGGGAAGUUUUGCAGAAGCAUUCAAAAAGCAUGAAGAAACACGAGAAAAUGAAGGUGCAGAGAUGGAAGGAUGCAUUAGAAGAAGUUCCUAACUUAGCUCGUUGGAACUCUAAAAAUUGGCAUGAAACAGAACUCAUAAAAAGUGUUGCGGAGAAAGUGUGGACAAAAUUACAUAAUGAAUUGCCAAUUGACAAUGAUAUAUUAGUCGGGAUUGAAUCAAAGAUAGCAAAAUUGGAUUCAAUAAUCUCCAAUGGAUUGGAAGAAGUUCGAUUCAUAGGAAUAUGGGGUAUGGGAGCGUUAGGUAAAACCACUCCCACGAGAGUUGUUUAUGAGCAAAUACACAAAAGCUUUGAAGUUCAUUGCUUUCUUCUAGAUGUUAGAGAGGCAUCUGAAAAAGAUGGCUUGAUUUCCUUGCAAAGAAAACUUCUUUCUUAUUUAAAUUUAAGAAGUGAGGAAUUGGAUGAUUGUUAUGAUGGAAGGAAGUUGAUAAAAAACGUCUUAUGCAAUAGAAAAGUUCUGCUCGUCCUUGAUGAUGUGAGUAAUACAGAUCAACUUGAGAAUUUAGCAGGAAAGCAAGGAUGGUUCGGUCAAGGGAGUGGAAUUAUAAUAACAACUAGAGAUAGAGAUAUACAUUUUGUUAUCAUUGCAUGGUGUCUCUACUCAAUAUGAAAUCAAAACCUUAAGUGAUGAUGAAUGUCAUUUGGAGUUUUCUAGAAGUAUGAUUGAAUAUGCUAGAGGUCUUCCUUUAGCACUUAAAGUGUUGGGUUCAUUUUUUAGUGUGGAAAAACUAUAUCAGAAUGGAAAGAUGCAAUGGCUAAGUUCAAGAAGAUUCCUCCACAUGACAUUAUGAAGAUACUUAAAGUGAGUUUUGAUGGGUUAGAAGGUGAUGAGAAGACUAUAUUUUUAAAUAUUGCUUGCUUUUUUAAUGGGAUGGACAAAGACAUUGCGAUGCAAAUCUCACAAAAUUGUGAUCUUCACCCAAAAAUUGGGAUAAAAGUUAUAAUUUAUGAUAAAGAGGUUUUCCAGGUGCAUGAUAUGCUUCAAGAAAUGGGUAAGAAUAUAGUUUUUCAAGAAUCACCUAAUGAUGUUGGUAAACGUAAUAGGAUAUGGUCUUUGGAGGAUGCUAGUCAUGUACUGGAAAAUAAG